UAAGCGAACGGGCACUUGUUAUAUCUAUAUGUUGAAAGGGAACUGUUUUGAUGGUAGAUCCAUGUACGAUGUUGGCUGUUGUUAUCUUCGCUGUUUCUUUGCCAUUUAUGACAGGUCAGGAUGCGUGUUCAACCGGAUUGUGCCGGUGCACACAUCGUAAUGCUCGCUGUUAUAAUACAAACCUUACCUACAUUCCAAAAUUUCCCGAUAACAUCACAGCCAUCUACAUGAAAUAUAAUUAUUUACCUUAUAUAGAUCCAACUACAGUUUUAAACAUUAGCAACACAAGAAUAUCAACCGUAAAUCUACAACAUAAUGACAUUAAGUAUAUUGACGAAAACGUGUUUCAAAAUCUAUCGCAGGUUUACUUCUUGGAUUUAAGCGAUAAUCUACUCACUUCAGACUCGCUGCGGAACUUAUUCUCUAGUUUUCAGAGAACUAGCAGACUCUCCAAGAUAUUUCUCAGUAGAAAUCGCUUAGAAGAUAUUCCACAUAAUGUUUUUGUUGACUUUAAAUCAUCCGCGAAAAGGAUAACCUUGGAUUUAUCUCUGAAUAGUAUCAAACUACUUAAUUUGACAUCAUUUAACGCUAUAGAAAAAUUGCAAAAAUUGGAUGUUUCGCAGAACAAAAUAUCUAACGUCAUCCCGGGUGUUAGCCACCAUCUGCAACACCUCUCUAUUCUUAAUAAUAGUUUGGCUGCUUUACCAAACUUUUGCCUUCGACGAAACGCCUUUCCAGAGUUAACAACACUGCAACUAGGAGGCAACAAGAUUGGUCAUUUCGUUUUGGAAUAUUUAAACUGCUCGAAAAAGCUAAAACACCUCUCUAUUUCUAAUAACAGUUUGGCUGCUUUACCAAACAUUUGUUAUCGUCGAAACUCCUUUCCCGAGUUAACAACAUUGCAUCUAGACAUCAACAAGUUUCGGAGUUUUGUUCCGGAAUAUUUAAACUGUUUGGAAAAGCUAAAAAUCUUGGAUGUGAGUUUUAACUUCAUUGACUCAUUAAAAACAGAUUAUUUUCAUUCUUUCAAGUCUCUUAGAUCGUUGUCUAUCGCAGAACAGAGUAGAACAUUUUAUAUACAGGAACGUGCUUUCAACAACAGCAACCUGCUAACUCUAGACAUAUCAAAGAACACAAUGACUACGAAACGUCUACAUGAACAUGCAUUUUGUGGGCUGGAUCGGUUAGUAAAACUAGAUCUGUCUAAAAGUAAUUUCUUUAAAAUGGAGGAAAAACUAAGUAAAACGUUAACCCCUCUGAAAUCUCUUGACGUAUUGAUGCUGUUAGAUUGUAAUUUACAGGAAAUACCUUCUGUUAUCAGAUACUACCAUAAUCUCACGUAUUUAGAUGUUGGCUGGAAUCUGAUUAAAUCCUGGCCAGCUAAGAUCUUUCAAAGGAACAUUAAAUUGACGGAAUUGAAUGCAGGUCAUAAUUUAAUUCAGACUGUUACAAGUAAAAUGCUGCCUGAAGUGUUGAGGACAAAAUUGAAAAAAAUAUCUUUAAAUGAUAACCCGUUCGUAUGUAAGUGUGGAUUGGUUUGGUUAAUUCGAUGGAUUCAUAGGGAACCACACAAGUUUUGGGGUUAUCCGAACGGCUAUAGAUGUCUGAAUAUAACAGAGAGAAUUUGUCUGAAUUACACCGGAGCGUUUAUCUCUGUGACAACAGUAACAUGUUUUUUUAUCUGUGUCAUUUUCAUCGCUUCUGUUAUCAACAAAUAUAUUUGGCAUAUUAAAUACCAUAUUUAUAUGUGGAGAUACAGACCGCAACAUCUGUUGGAUAUUGCAGAGAAACACUUUGCUCAUGACGUCUUUCUUGUCUAUUGUGCAGAAGACGGAGACUGGGUUUUACACGAUCUUCUACCUAUCGUGGAAGAAGGUGAACACAUUAAGUUGUGUAUCCACGAAAGAGAUUUUCUUGGUGGACAAAUGAUCAUUGAUAAUAUUGUACAACACAUGGAAAACAGUCGUAAAGUUCUUGCUGUUUUGUCCAACGAUUCUGCUAGAAGUAAAUGGUGUCAAUUUGAAAUGAGUUUAGCUCAGAAAUUGGUUAUAGAUAGGAGUAUAGAGUCUAUAGUAGUAGUAUUAUUAGAGGAUAUAAAAGCAGUUAAUAUGAGUAAAUCACUGAACGCUCUAUUGGAAACUACUACUUAUAUCAAAUGGCAAGAUAAUGACAAUAAAGAUAUAUUUUGGCAAAUGGUAAAAACAUCACUGAAACGUCAAUAUGAAUUAUAAUAAGAUUAAAGUACAUGGAUCUGUUGACCGUAGUUAUUUCAUGGUCCGUAGUCCAAUCUCCACAAGAACCCAGCCCCACCCAAUCUGAGACUGCAUCCAUUCCUCAUGUUGGAAUAUAGAAAUGGAAUAUCACUUGUUAACUGAUUUUAUACACUACGGUUUGAUAUUUUUACUAUAUAAAAGUUUAAGUUCGAGCAAUCUGACAUCCUCCUGUCGACAAUAUCAAUCUCUUGAUGGGCCUCUUGUUAAUCUGUUGAAAUCCAACCAGGUAGAUAAUCUACUGUUGAUAUUGUCAUAGUAUUUUCUGAAUUAAACAGACGUUAUGCAAGAGCUAAAUCUGCUUGAUGUAGGCCUUUCUUUAGACAUGAAAUUUUAUAUAACUUACCAAAACCAUAAUCAACUCUCGAUUCCAUCGGAUGGAUGUGAUAUAAGUAUAUAACUUACCAAAACCAUAAUCAACUCUCGAUUUUAUCGGAUGGCUGCGAUAUAAGUAGAUUUAAAUACGUUUUGUGGUCGAUGCGGUUACUGUUACAAUAGAUAAUGUUUAUUAUUGUAACAACGGUAGUUAUGACACUAGUGGCUUUAUUUGUAUUGCCGAUAUCUAGGCUAGGAGUGAAAUAAUCUGAAUGAAAUUGUCAGCAUAUUCUUUUUUCAUUAUCUAUGUUUUAACUAUUAUAGUGAUAACUGUCAGCUCUUUAUCUAAGCUUACCUAAUGCUGCUUUAGAUGUUAACUUCUCAAUUUGAGAACAUUUUACGUGGAUUAUAUUGUGAAAAAUGUAAAUGACAAUUAGAAAUAUAGAAAUGGAAUAUCACUUGUUAACUGAAUUUUCACACUACGAAUGUCUUCGGUUUGAUAUUUUUACUAGAAGUUUAAAUUCGAGCAUUCUGGAGGAGAGCUAAAUCUCCUUAUUGUAGGCCUUUCGUUAGACCUGAAAUGUCAUACAACUUACCGAGGCCAUAAUCAACUCUCGAUUUCAUCGGAUGGCUGCGAUUAAAGUAGAUUUAAAUACGUUUUGUGGUCGAUGAGCUUACUGUAACAAUAGAUAAUGUUUAUUAUUGUAACAACGGUAGUAAUGACAAUAGUGGCUUUAUUUGUAUUGCCGAUAUCUAGGCUAGGAGUGAAAUAAUCUGAAUGAAAUUGUCAGUAUAUUCUCUUUUCAUUAUCUAUAUUUUAACUAUUAUAGCAGUUUGAGAACAUCGUAGCGUUAUAUUGUGAAAAAUGUAAAUGACACACACAAUGUAUGUAUGAUAUAGUGUGGCAAACCUAGUUUCAUUUUGUUAGUAUUGUUUUAUUUAUAGUCUGUAUAAAUAGUUGAGACAAAUAACAGCUAUAAUUAGAUUUAAGUCACUGUAGUUAUAUAUUAUAGUGAGGGACUAUAUUUUAUAAUAUGUUAACCUUAUGAAUACGGAUCAAGCUCACCAAUUAUUUCUACGCCGUCAUCCAGUUUGUGUAUCUCAAUCUCAAGUUUGUCAUGGGCAGGAGGUUGCCACAUGUUGCUCCAACGAAAAUUUAGGGGAAAAAAGCAAGGCCUAAGAGGAGAGAAUUAACAUGGGGAAAUCAUUGGUGAUCUGUGGUCAUAUUAUUGGUAUUAUUAUCUCCCUUUACUUAACUAGCUAAAUUUGAAUGUAAAGCAUGCGAUUAUAAUUUAUAUGCAUAUCCUACGAUAUUUAACGUAACUAACAUGCAUUUUUGUAUGUCAACUGUUAAAUAAUGUUGAAUUAAUAUUGUUUACAAUGCAUACUUUGUUUACUUCAAGUGCAUAUAGUUUAUAAUUUUGCAUGACCUGGGAAUGAAAACUAAAAUCCAUUGCCAUCCUGUCGCUUCAGCCUGGGUCAGUUGUUCCCACUGUGAUAUCCGUCUCCAGGGCAUCCUCGGUUUAAUCAGUGGUCUCAUUCCGUUUUAAUACACUAUACCCUGGGUUAAUACAUAGGGUUUCCACUAUUUCAAAUUAUCUGCUCUAGCCUUGAUUAUAGCUUCAGUCUACGAACCAACCAAAAAACAGUUUACAAAUCAGUCUUACUAAUGAAACGGACUUCGUUUCGCGUUCGUUAUUUAUAAGGGUAGAUAAACCUAUUCAUGUCCAUUUACUGAAUGAUUUAUGUAAAUAAUGUAUAUAUUUCUAAUUCAGUAUUAUUUUAUUGUAAUAUCAAAAUCUGUAGUAUGUUUCGCUUAAUUCAAAUAUGUAUAAAAUGUAUAUGUUUUACUUCUAUUAUAAUUAUUACUAUUCGUUCCUUAUCUGAAAUGUUUCUAAACUAUUUCCAUUGUGUUAUUUUUGUUAUUAUUGAACAUAUAGUUGGUAAUUUAAUGUGUGGAGAGUGAUGGUGUUUUACCUACGUAAGCUGUGCAGUUCAAUCGCUGAAGGUACUCUGGCUGAUACUAGAGUGUGAAGGAUUGAGUAUUGAUAUUACGAAACCGCCAAAUCAAGAUAUUAUUGUCAAUACAAAUCUUCAACCUACAUAUGUAAAUAUCUGUCUCGUCUUCAUUUACAUAUAAUAUAAAUAUUGUAAUUUGAUGUAAAUAAUUAAAUACACAUUUAGCAUAA